AUGGCAAUGACAACAUUUUCAGCACAAGUUCUUGUAAUUGGGUUGAUAUUUUCAUGUCUUUCAGUGUCAAUUCCAUAUGGAUUAGCCCAAAGUCCAUUGCUUCCAGUUCCAAACAUUUCGACUUGCUUUGCCUCUUUAGCUAGUGUUCAAGGAUGCUUCACUUCUAUCAGUCAAGUUACUACUAAUCCCAACCAGGGCAAUCUUAUUGGAAAGCCUUGUUGCAAGCUCAUCAACGAAGCCAAUCCUAAUUGUUUCUCAAUGUUGUUCCCUCAAUCUUCUGGUUUUCUUUUAACACUCAAAGGUAUAUGUGCUCUUGUGGGGACACUCGCACCUGCUCCACUGCCAUAA